AUGCUCCUACCACCUCUUCUCAAAGAUCCCCUUGUUGCCCUGGUUGGCAAUACGUGUUAUACAUCACUCAUCGAAGACUUUCAUCUCACCGAUAUUGAGUGUAUUCAAUAUGCUAUUUCCAAAUGUCUUGGAUUUGGUAUUGUUGUCGGCAGCGCGAUUGUAAAGCUACCACAGAUCCUCACCAUCACGUCUAACCGAUCUGCCAAGGGGCUCUCAUUGACCUCAUUUGUAUUGGAGACGAUCGCAUACUGUAUUACUCUGGCAUACAACCUCAGACAGCAAAACCCUCUCAGUACGUUUGGCGAGGUGUUUUUUAUGACUCUUCAGAAUAUUUUGAUCACCCUCUUGAUUCUCCACUAUGCUCAACGACAGCGGGAGAUGAUACUGACCUUGGUCGGAUUUGUUGUACUUUUGCUUGGAUUGACAAGUAGUCGACUGGUACCUUCGUGGUUGAUGGCCAGUCUUUAUGCAGUCACAAUUCCCUUGGCGUUGGCAAGUAAAGUACCACAGAUAUACACAAACUACACAAGUCAUUCCACCGGACAGCUGUCGCUGGUGGCCGUCAUCAAUUACUUUGUGGGAAGUAGUGCACGGGUAUUCACUACCAUAACUGAGCUGGAUGAUCCUUUAAUGCUGGGUGGAAAUGUAUUGGCUAGUAUUCUUAAUGGAAUCCUACUUAUCCAGGUGGUUAUCUACUGGAACAAGGAUGAAGAGAAACCGUCAAAGGCCGAUUGA